AUGCCUCCUAAAUUUGUCCCGCGUCAGCGCAAGCAAAAGCACCGGCAGAAGGAGCAGAGUGCGCCGGUGGACACCAACGUCUCAGAACUAGCACCCGUUUCGAAAGACGAAAAAGAAGCUCGCAGGCAAAAGCUGCGCGAGGAGCUGCGAGGGCAGAAUGCCAAUGUCUCAUCAAAGAAGCAGAAGCGGCUGGACAAGUACAUUGAAAACAAACUGAAAAAAGAAGAGAACCUCGAGCUCCUCAAGAAACUUGCGCAAGCCAACGUCAACACUUCGAACCUCCAGAGCUCCAAGGAGCUAGGUAAACGCAAGCGACCUGAACAUGAGACUAGCGCUAAGUCAUCGGAACCUGCACGACCAGAACAAGACCAUACUGUGGACGAGAGCGACGAUUCCGAUGCGGACCUGAAAGCUUUUGAUCCUGCGACGGACCCAGAGCCACUAAAACCGCAAGCUCCAGUUGUGCCAGUCGGGAGUGGAUUAAAGAGGCCUCUUGAGCUCGGACCCGAUGGUUUCCCAGUGAUCAAAAAACGAAAGCGGGCAGCAAAACCCGCGCCGGCACCGGUAAAGGAAGUUGAGUGGGAGGGCUUCAAUGACGAAGAGGACGAGGAUGAGCGCAGUGAAGAAGGCGAAGAUAUGGAAGACUCUGGGAAUGAUGGAGCAAGUGACUCUCACGACGAAGACUCAGACGGUUCCGAGACCAAUUCCGCCGAGAACAGCAGCUCUGAGGAAGACUCGGAUGAGGACUCUGAAGAUGACGGGACUGUAAAGAAGAUCAAGCCACGGGAAUCCGCCUUUAAGUCAUGGGCUAUUCAACAAAUCAAUGACGCGAUCGAUUUUAAACCCACCACAGCCCCAGCCUACAACGAUAUCGAACAGCAGGCAUUCGCACCUCCCAAGAAGGAACCAAAGAACACUGUUUAUGAGGAAGAACCCCUUCCUGCCGAACUACAAGUCACCAAGGGGGAUCCUUUCCGAAAGGCGUUCAGUGUGCCAGUGGACCGUUCGGAGGAAAUCCAAAAUGCGCGAAUGGGCCUGCCUGUGGUAGGCGAGGAGCAAAAGAUUAUGGAAGCUAUCUACAACAAUCCGACCAUUGUCAUCUGGGGCGCUACGGGUUCGGGUAAAACAACCCAGCUGCCACAAUUCCUCUUUGAGUCUGGUUUCGGUACCCCAGACAGCCCUAACCCAGGCUUGAUCGGUGUCACUCAGCCUCGUCGAGUGGCUGCUGUCAGUAUGGCAAACCGCGUCGCCCAGGAACUGGGCCAGCACUCCGACAAAGUGUCGUAUCAGAUUCGGUUCGAGUCAACAACUUCAAAAAAUACGGCUAUCAAGUUUAUGACAGACGGUAUUCUGAUUCGAGAAAUCGCUGACGACUUUGCUUUGCGUAAAUACUCGGUGAUCAUCAUUGACGAGGCACACGAACGCAGUGUCAAUACCGAUAUUCUUAUUGGAAUGGUCAGCCGUAUUGUGGAUCUCCGCAAGUCCAUGAGUCAGGAGGAUCCCUCUGUCAAGCCAUUGAAGGUCAUUAUCAUGUCUGCCACGCUGCGUAUUUCGGAUUUUACUGAGAACAGAAGCCUCUUCAGGCAUGGAGCGCCACCGUUGGUUCAAGCAGAAGGCCGCCAGUACCCUGUUUCUGUGCAUUUCGCUCGCCGAACCCACCGAGACUAUGUUGAAGAGGCUUUCCGCAAAGUUUCACGAGGACAUCGUAAACUCCCCCCCGGUGGUAUGCUCGUGUUUCUCACGGGCCAAAAUGAGAUCCGGCAGCUCUCCAAGCGCCUGAAACAAGCAUUCAAGCCAACUCAGCGGGUCGAUACCACCCAAGCCAGGGUUGAGUUCUCAGCCAAUGAUGCUCCUCUGGAAGCAGAGGAUCUGGAGCUUGGUGGCGCCGAAAUGGAUAAUGCUGGCUUUGACGAUGAUAGUGACUUCGAAAUUACGGGGCUUGACGAGCCGGAGGAUGACGAAGGAUUUGACCUCGGCGAAGAGGCAAUGGAUUCAUCAACCAAGGUGCAUGUCUUGCCUCUAUAUUCUCAAUUACCCACAAAAGAGCAGAUGAAGGUCUUUGAGCCACCGCCAGAAGGCUCGCGACUGAUUAUUCUUGCUACUAACGUCGCCGAAACCUCCCUUACAAUUCCUGGCAUCAAAUACGUCUUCGACUGCGGUCGAGCGAAGGAAAAGCAGUACGACCUGCUCACCGGUGUUCAGAGUUUCCAGGUUGGAUGGAUCAGCAAAGCCAGUGCCAACCAAAGAGCUGGUCGAGCUGGUCGAACGGGACCCGGUCACUGCUACAGGUUAUACUCUUCGGCAGUCUAUGAAGCAGACUUUGAGGAAUACACUGACCCGGAGAUCCUGCGUACACCCAUCGAAGGGGUUGUCCUCCAGAUGAAGAGCAUGGGACUCCACAACGUAAUAAACUUCCCAUUUCCCACCCCUCCUAGUCGGCAGGGACUUGCAAAGGCAGAGAAACUGCUCAAGAAUCUCGGUGCGCUCACUGCGGACGGCCAAGUCACGCACAUUGGUCGCCGUCUCUCAACAUACCCUCUCUCUCCGCGCUUCGGUAAGAUGAUAUACAUCGGCCACCAGCACGGGUGCAUGCCCUAUGUCAUCGCUCUGGUUUCUGCACUAGCUGUCGGCGACCUCUUCGUUGCUCAAAAUGAAGUCGACCCUCCAAAACGCGCAGUGAAAUCAAAGGGUCCAAAAGACAGCGAAGAUGACAGCGACUCCAGCGAGGACGAAAAAGUCUACACAAAUGCCGACAGGCUAGAAGACACAGAGCGCGAACAGCGCUCAAAGGAUUACGCCCGUGUGCACCGUCUACUCAGCAAGCACGACGACACAUCCGACGCCCUCAAAUUCCUAUCCGCAAUCUGUGCCUACGCCUACGCCUCCGACGGCGAUGCCUUCUGCGAACAAAUGUUCCUCCGCGGCAAAGCCUUCAAAGAAGCCACUCAGCUCCGCCGCCAGCUUACAGACAUCGUCCGCUCCAAUAACCCCGGCCUCCUAGGCACAUACGAAGCCCGCCUUCCCGAGCCCUCGGCCAAACAGAUCAAAGCCCUCAAGCAGAUCGUCACAGCCGGCUUCAUUGACCACAUCGCCAUCCGCGCCGACCUCGCGCCCGUUCCACCAGACAUUCCGCGUGCUCCCCGCCGAGCCAUCGACGUGCCCUAUCUGACUCUUUUCCGUUCUCGCGACCGCCAUUCAGACGACAUUGCCGAGCGUGCAGUGUUCGUACAUCCGUCGUCUAUCCUGGCAAAGCUCUCUCCGAAGGAAAUGCCGCAGUACAUUGUCUACUCCCAUCUGCAACAGUCGGCUGCUUCCGUGGUGGCCGAUCAGACACCGAAGAUUCGCAUGUUCCCGCUCGUUGCGCCAAGUGGGCUGCAGCUUGCCGCGCUGGCGCAUGGUACCCCGCUGAUUGAGUACGGCAAGCCUAUUGGCAAGACCGAGACGCUUGAGGGUAUUCCGCAGCGACGUGCGUGCUGGGUUGUUCCGUCUUUGGUUGGCGAUGCAGGUGGGACGGGCUGGCCGUUGCCGGCGAAAAAGGUCGUGCAAAGGAAAGAUCCGAAGGAUGGAUGGGUUAUUGAGAAAUUUGUCUCUUGA